ACAUUAUCGUGUUAUGGCCUAAUCGUAAAUGAAUAUAUUUCGUUCGACUCAUUGCCAAGUUAGUCUCUAAUAUUUUUUCAAAAAGCUAUCAUCAAAAAUAGGACCGUCUAUCAUUGUAUUUUAAGCUUCUUUUACUAGGUGAAUUCGGUUUGUUUUGCUAAUCAACAAGACUUUGUGGACAGCAGUAGCAUCAAACAUUGUAGGAAAAUAAAAUCUUGAAGAUGCCAUAAUUUAUUAACUUGAAAGGAAGGAAGAUUCGAAGGCAUCCGCUUAGUUUCAUUUGAGCUGAACUGUGUUCCACACUUUUACCACUUUGGGCCAACUAUAUGAUUCAAUGAGCAAGGACGUAAAAGAAACAGCCAGGUUUUAUUUACUGGACCUAAUAGAUUCUAUUGCGGGAAAGAAGAGUUUAUUACUAGAGCGAGAAUUAUCUGGUAUUUUAGGGCAGAUUAUUACGACUAAUACCCUCCAAGAGCAUGGAAUUCCUCAAGUGUUUUGGUUUGAUCGUAAUAUACCUCAAGAGUUGGACCAAAAAGUGAUAUAUUUAUGCCGACCCACAUAUGAGAAUGCCAAAUUAGUAUCUGCUCAUGUCCGACAGCAUCAGCAGGAUAUGAACCAGACAGAAAACACUGUAAUUUUAUUACCUGGUACAAAUGUUUUAUUUGAGACCGUUCUGCAAGAAGAGGGUGUUUUCGGUGAACUGGUUAUUAUGGAAUGGUCGCUACAUGUAGUACCAUUAGAUGAGGAUCUUUUUUCUUUAGAAUUAGGUCCUGGAGUUAAGGAAGAAAACUUAUUAAAGCAUUCUGUCAGUGCCCUGGUUAACUUUGAAUCCUAUAACGGUCGUUUUCCACGGGCAUCGGGUCGUGGUUUCAAUUCUGCUAAGCUCGUCGAAAUAUGGGAUAAAUGGUAUCAAGAAGAGUCCAUAAACAAUGCAAGAAAAGAUGUUUACGAAUUGUCUACUUCUUACGAUAGUGUCUUGAUUAUGGAUCGCUCAAUGGAUUGGGUGACCCCAUUUCUUACUCAGUUAACGUAUUUUGGUCUCUUAGAUGAAAUACUAGGAAUUGAACAGAUGAAUGUUAAACUUCCCCCUAACUUGGUAAGCCGAAAUGAGAAUUUGUCUUCCGGAUCGCAUAAAAAGUUUUCCCUAAGUUCGUCAUACAGUACCAUUACUAAAGAUGUUAAAGAUGUGAACUUCAACUGUAUCGGGUCUCAUUUGGGAAAAAUUGCUAGGAAACUUUCGAGUGACUACGAAGGCCGCCGCCAAGCUAAAACAGUGAAUCAAAUACGCGAUUUCGUGUCAAAAUUGGGUUCUUUGCAGUCGGAGCACACAUCAUUAAAUAUACACACUGGACUCGCUGAAUUAAUGAUGCAGCAUACUAAAAGUAAUAAUUUUCGUAAGAUUUUGCAGAUACAGCAAUCACUCGUAUCUGGUGUUGAUCCUUCUAGUCAAUUUCCUUUGCUAGAUCAACUGAUAUACAUGGAUGUGCCUGUCGAAGAAAUUUUCCGUAUACUCUGUUUAGCUAGCAUCGUUUCAACUGGAUUGAAGCAGAGAGAUAUCGAUUAUUAUCGAAAAGAAAUUGUUCAAACUUAUGGCUAUAAAAAUAUAUUGACUUUUCAAUGCUUGAUUGACGCUGGGUUGUUACGAGUUAGACCUUCAAGUAACAUUUCUUUGCAAAGGUCAUUCUCCUAUACUACUUGGUUGAACAACUAUCCAUUAAUUGAUGAGGAAGUGAAUGAACAACAUCCUUUAGACAUCUCUUAUACCUAUAGUGGAUAUGGGCCCUUGUCUGUGCACAUGUCUUAUGAUAUACUGCAGAAUAGAGACAAUCCUGAGAAGCUUCCGCGGUUGAAAAGUCUUCCUGGGGAGUACGUAGAUAAAUGGUUCAAACAACAGGAUAGAAGCUUUUCCCGAACGUUUACUCGAGGAACGGAUAAAAAGAGGAAAAUCCUUGUUUUCUUCCUUGGAGGUUGCACUUUUACUGAGCUUUCGGCAUUUCGUUUGUUAGCUGAAAAGCAUGGUAAGUUUGAAUUUACAUUUAUGACUACAGGUAUGAUCACUGGUGGUAAAGUAGUACAGUCUUUUACGCCAUCUAUCCAGACUCUAAUUGAUGAGUAAUGCCUAUUCGUACAUCUCUAUUUAAUGAAUAAAAAAAGUAACGAAUAUUGAUCAUGAUGAAUAAUUUAACUUUUUGGGAGAGCAAGGCUUAAGAAACCCCUUCAAUUAUCUCUUGCUGGUAGCUGUAGAAUAGUUUGUUCCUAGGACCAUACAGUUCUAGUUUUGAAAAGAAACCAUUUUUGUCUAAUACAGUGUACAUUAUAACGUCUGAUAAAAUAUUUU